AUGUACAAGUUGAAGGGUACAACUAUACUUUUCCAUCAAAUCAAUUCGUAUAUGAUAAAGCUACAAGUAGAGAAACAACACAAGAUCACUACACCCCAGUCAAACGUUUCGAAAAAAGCCAUCACCAUUUCGUCGAUUGCGAUUAAACGCAGGCCAACGCUGCCGCAAACGCCAGCGAGUGCCCCACAGGUGUUAUCGCCCAAGCGACAGUGCGCCACCGCCGUUUCGGUCAUACCCGCCGUCGCCGCCGCCCAACUGACACCACAAGUCCAGUACGCCGCCACACCAGCCGCCGCAGUCGCCCUCAAGGCCGGCCAUCAAUUGACCUUUAAUCCCGCCGCUGCCGCCGCUGCUGCCCAAUACGCCGCCACUGCCGCCGUCAAUACACAUCAACACCACCAACACCACCACCACACACAGGUCGCUGCCGCAGCUGCAGCUGCCGCCGCCGCAGCACAGCAACAACGCAUCGCUGUCGCCGCCCAACAUUAUAAUUCCUCGGCUGCUGCAUUGUUGAAUCAGCACUUGCAUUCGGUUGCAGCUGCAUCGCAUUCGUUGUCACCGGCCGCAGCGGCUGCCGUUGCUGCUGCCGCCGCACAUCAGCAGCACGUUGUGUUACAACAACAGGCACAACAACAACAACAACAGCAGCAUCAUCAUCAUCACGCCCAGCAUUCGCUGAGUCAGCAGCACGUUUAUCAGCAGCAACAGCAACAACAACAACAGCAGUCAUUGCGUCAGCAAUUGCAGGCACAACAGCAACAGCAACAACAACAUUUGAUCAUCAGUAGUGCCAGCACAGCCAGCAGCACACCAAACACCGGCACAUCGCUGACCGCUACAGCGCCCACAGCAAAUACAACAACUACAACAGCGACAGCGGUUUCAAACGCAAGUGUCGGCGCUCAAACAGCCACAGCUGUUGCUGCUUUAGCAGCCAAUUCGGUCAACGAAACUUCGUCACAUUCGAAUACAUCCUCUGCAUCGACUACACCGUCACCGGCGGCAGCGACAGCAGCACUUAAUACGCACGACAACAACAACAAUACCAGUGUGUUGAGCAGCAGUCCAAUCAGUAGUAGUAGCAACAGCAACAACAACAGCAACACAAUCAUUACCAGCAGCUCGACAAUGGAAAAUCAAAUGGCUCUAGCUCCACUGGGAUUAUCGCAAAGCAUGGACUCAGUGAAUACGGCCAGCAAUGAAGAAGAGGUUCGCACCCUCUUCGUUAGCGGUUUGCCAAUGGACGCAAAACCACGCGAACUUUACCUUUUAUUCAGAGCUUAUGAGGGCUAUGAAGGAUCUCUCUUAAAGGUGACCAGCAAGAAUGGCAAAACCGCAUCGCCCGUCGGAUUUGUAACAUUUCACACCAGAGCCGGUGCGGAGGCAGCUAAACAGGAUUUACAGGGUGUACGUUUCGAUCCCGAUAUGCCCCAAACAAUUCGCUUGGAAUUCGCCAAGAGUAACACGAAAGUGAGCAAACCCAAACCACAGCCCAAUACAGCGACAACAGCCUCACAUCCUGCAUUGAUGCACCCACUCACUGGACAUUUGGGUGGACCAUUCUUUCCAGGCGGCCCGGAAUUAUGGCAUCAUCCGUUAGCAUAUUCGGCAGCCGCCGCUGAAUUACCCGGUGCAGCUGCAUUACAGCAUGCCACACUAGUGCAUCCAGCUCUACAUCCGCAGGUGCCGGUACGCUCUUACCUCUGACUAAAUACAGAUAAAGUUAUCGAACAGCCUAUGCAUCAAACUCAAAUGACCGCUAUGACGCAACAUCAUCAACAAGCAACAACAUUACAUCCAACAGCUAUGCAUAUGUCCGCUGCUGCAGCUGCUGCUGCCGCUGCUGCUGCUGGUUUACCGCCGGGCACAGCCGCCACUGGCCCACCGGGACCGCCACCAGCCGGUCAUACAGCACAUCAUCAUUUUUUAUCCAGCCCCGCUUUGGCGAGUCCAGUUGGUUCCUCGAAUAAUCCAGCACACCCAUCAAAUCCACCAUUAGCUGCGAACGCGCCCUGCUCGACAUUGUUUGUGGCCAAUUUGGGGCAAUUCGUGUCCGAGCAUGAACUCAAAGAGGUCUUUUCCAGUAUGCCUGGCUUUUGUCGCCUCCGAAUGCACACAAAAGGUUCGCACAAUCUCACUUCUACUUCUACUACUACUACUACUACUUCCACCAUCACCAAUGCCACCAACACAAGCACCACUUCUACCAAUUCUAAUGCAACAGCCAUAGCUAAUUAUCACGGAGCUGGCAACAACAACAGUAACAGCAGCAGCAAUGCCAACCAUCCCGUUGCGUUUAUUGAGUUCAAAGAUACCGUUAGCGCCGCAACAGCAAUGCAGCAAUUGCAGGGUAAAUAUUUACUAUCCUCCGACCGCGGUUCGAUACGCAUAGAAUUUGCUAAAACCAAAAUGAUCAAUGACACUUCCACCGGCGGUGGCAGUGCUAAGCACAACAACAACAGCCACAACAAUAUCAACAACAACAGCAAUGAAGCAUUGGCUAUGCAGAAGGUGGCCAAUGUCAUGAAUGCCACACAAUUGCUCUCGGCGAAUAAUUUGACGGCCCUCAGCCCCGCCGGCACGGCUAUGACGGUUAUCAGCAAUCAGCCGCCACAGCCACAGCUGAUCAUCUUGAAUGGCUAUGCACAGCAGCAACAACAGCAGCAGCAGCAACAACAGGCAAUACAACAACAAGUGCAGCAGCAACAACAACAACAACACCAAGCACUAUUACAAACGGCCGGCGUUGUGCAACAGCAGGCCAUCUUGCCGGCCCAGCAUUUUAUCACCGCAAAUGGUGGCAAUGCAACGGCUGUUGCCUAUCCAGCAGCUGGCGCCGGUUUGCAGGCCAUGUCAGCAGUGGGUCCAUCGUUGGCCACCAUUUUUACUAGCACCAACAGCACGAACAAUUUGAACAACACCACCAGCACUACUAAUCUAAAUAAUAAUAAUAACGGCAUUAAUAUCAAUAAUAACAAUAACAAUAACAUUUACAGUAAUAACAAUAAUAUUGUGCACAAUCGUUCUACCGCACUACCACCGCCUACUGUUGUUGUAAACUCACUACAGCACCAACUUCAUCCAACUCAGCACCAAAAUCAUCUCUUUAGAGACAGGAGCGGGUAUGGAAUCAAGGCAUGAUUUAUUGAAUAAAAAGGCCGAACGCGACUUGCAACAUCAUCAAUUUUUAAUGACAACACCGACUUGACCCGUUACAACAGCAGCGGCAGCACAUCAGC